UCAUGUCUUUCUUUUUCCAGGUUUCGUGGCUUCGCCCACACACUCCAUUCCUUACGUACCUGUAUCUCACUCUUUUCACCUUUUCUUUCUUCAUUCGCAACUCUUCCUCCACCACGGUGCCUUUCCGUCUCCCCGCCAGUCCUGGGUAUCAAGGCAGGUCAGUUGCUUGUCCAGCACGAUGUGCUGCAUCGGGUCCUAACCCUGCCAACUGGUCCCUCUACCACAACUUCAACCAGUUCGCCUCGUGCGAAGAGUCUAUCUUUUACUCUUUUUCUUUUGUCGAUCCUGUCGAUGAACCAAACAGCCUUCAUCGCAUUUACGCCUGCACGUCAUUUGGUCCCGAUUGGGCCAAUGUGCCGACUAACACGUCAAACCUGGUCGCGCAGUUGAAAGGGGUCUCGCCUCCGUUGAAUGGCACAUAUCAGAUCGGAUUUUGGCCCUCCGCACAAGGUUCAUCGGUCUCGUCUUCUCUCGCUACUCUCACCAAGCAGUUCCGCCAAUAUCUCUCUAAUGGGCUCAGUGCCGAGAACCGUCCGACCAUUCUGUUCGCCAGCUAUGGCUCUACCUCAGUUGGGCUUUACAUUGGUCAAGGUCUACAGAAACAGGGCAUUGGCAACACUGCUCUGUCACACCUGGAGACCUUCAUGACAGAAUCCAAUGCUAGUCUGUCGCGGAGUGUGGCUAUGCAAUUCUGCCAGCCGGGUCAAACCUCCCAUCACGUUUUUGGCAUGAUUGCCACCGGUAAUGGAACAUUCGCUGCUAUCCAAGACGCCCUUGCCUCAUGGUCCAAGGCAGAAUGCUUGACCUUCCCGUCAGUCCAGAAUGUCACGGGCAUCGUCCCACUCGUGACGCCAUUGUUCCCUUCCUCGACCAACUCCACCUCAACUUAUGGUAACACAACCUUCCUUCGGGGCAGAGCCUUCACCCCUCGAACUACCUGUUCUACCGUUCAGGUCGUCUCUGGUGAUAGCUGCAGUACCUUGGCUCGGAAAUGUGGGAUUACACCGGCUCAAUUUACCAUGUAUAAUCCCGCGUCGAACGAGUGUUCUACCUUGACUCCUGGAGAGCACGUGUGCUGUUCGGCGGGCACAUUGCCCGACUUCACUCCAAAGCCUCAAGCCGAUGGCACUUGUGCCACCUACACCGUCCAGCCAGAUGACAGCUGCUCCAAGAUUGCCGCUACAUACAGCAUCACCGUGGAUGAUAUCGACAACUUGAACCAGGACACAUGGGCUUGGAAUGGCUGCAAGCACCUUUACCCUCAUAACAUCAUCUGCCUUAGUACAGGCAACCCACCGAUGCCAGCGUCGGUCUCCAAUGCAAUCUGUGGGCCACAGGUGCCCGGCACCCCGGCCCCUCCUAGUGGGACGAAUAUUUCCCUGCUAAAUGAGUGUCCUCUCAAUGCGUGCUGCGAUGUAUGGGGCCAAUGUGGUACGACAGCCGGGUUUUGCACAAACACUGGCACUGGGGCCCCUGGAACCGCGGCGCCGGGCACCAACGGCUGUAUUUCGAACUGUGGCACCGAGAUCGUGCGGAGUAGCCCUCCUGUGACGUACCGGAGUAUUGGCUUCUAUGAAGGAUUCAACUUGCAGCGUCCCUGCCUCUACCAGGACAUAUCUCAGCUCGACAUCUCGGCCUAUACCCACAUUUAUUUCUCCUUUGGCGUGUUAUCCCCUUCCUAUGUGGUCCAUAUCCCUAACGCCACAGCAACAUACGAGUUCAACCAGUUUAAACAGAUCCAAGGAGCAAAGCGCAUUCUUUCGAUUGGUGGCUGGGCAUUUUCAACUGAUCCGAGCACUUACAUGAUAUUUCGGGAAGGCGUCACUGCCGCCAACCGUCUGACCAUGGCCACCAACAUCGCCAACUUCAUCAAAGACAACGACCUUGAUGGUGUUAAUAUUGACUGGGAGUAUCCGGGGGCACCGGAUAUUCCGGGCAUCCCUGCUGCUAGUACUGAUGACGGUGACAAUUAUCUCGCUUUCCUUGUGGUUUUAAGAAACCUCCUUGGCAAGAGUAAAGAAAUUACAAUUGCGGCACCGUCGUCAUAUUGGUACCUGAAGGGCUUUCCAAUCAAGAAAAUGGCUCCGGUCCUAGACUACAUCAUCUACAUGACCUACGAUUUGCACGGACAGUGGGAUUCCAACAAUCAAUGGUCACAGCUUGGCUGCCCGACUGGCAAUUGUUUGCGGUCGGAUGUGAAUCUUACCGAAACUAUCGGCUCUCUGGUCAUGAUCACCAAAGCGGGUGUCCCCUCAAACCAAGUCGUUGUUGGCGUGACCAGUUACGGACGCUCAUUCGCCAUGGCCGAAGCCGGCUGCUACGGGCCUCAAUGCCAAUUUUUGGGUUCAGCUGACGACUCGCAGGCUGCGCCAGGGCCUUGUACUCAAACUGCAGGCUACAUUGCCAAUGCUGAAAUUGAGGCUAUUCUCGCCAAUUCUUCCCGGGUCACGAAGAGUUAUAUCGACGCUACUAGUGACACAAAUAUCCUUGUUUACGACGACACUCAAUGGGUUGGCUGGAUGAGUGAUGGUGUCAAGUCAACGCGAAAAUCGCUCUACAAGCGCCUGGCCAUGGGGGGAACCACUGAUUGGGCUACCGACCUGCAAAAGUACAACCCGCCGCCGUUCAUUGCCAAGAGCUGGGCUAGCCUCAUUGACGACGUCGUCCUGGAUAAAGAUCCUUACGAAGAAGGUAACCGAACCGGCAACUGGACUUCCUUGACUUGUUCGGAUCCAGCCAUACAAGAUGCCCUGUGGAUGCCAUGCGCCCAGCGCUGGGCGCAGCUGGACGCUUCCAAUGCUUGGUCCGAUGCAAUAAACGUCUGGAAGAACAUCGAUAAGCCGAAAAUGCCGGAUGAUGUCGAGAAGGACUUUUCCCUGUCUAUCAUGAACACUUUCCAUGCCGGUGAAAACGCUUAUUGCGGAUACCUCAACCCAAGAGGUCAUUGUUCCACAUCCCAAACGUGCGGAUGGUUCCAAGGCUUCGGCCGGGGAACCGGUGAUUCGGGUCCCGCGGCGAUGCUGAUCUAUGAGUCUUUCACCGUGAUAAACUCGGCGUACUCUCAAUUUUAUGACGCUAUCAACGCAGUUGCUGGAACGUACAUUGAUAACCAGCUUCAGGACUUUGAGUCCACAUUCGCACCCGUGCCUCCAGCACAAAGUGAUACGUGGCUUGAAAUCUUGAUCAAUCUUUUUGGUCUUGGUAUCACGGCAGUCGCCGCACCGUACUUCAAUGGGAUCUAUUCAAGUCUACCGGCUCUUAGUAGUUUUCUUGGAGAUGCCGGGGCAGACACCGUUGCCGACAUCACGAGUGCCACUGUGGCGUACGGAGCAUCAAUUGCGAGUGAUUCACUGUCUACGAAAGCGCCGGGUAAGUGGCAACCAUCGUCCCAAAAGAGUUUCACCGCCACUCUGGGGUCGGUAGUCACCGGCUGGGCUUCCCUCGCGGAAAAUCAGCUCUGGACAUUGUUCAAUGGAUCCGAUACCUCCAUCAGUGUACUCGGGACCUUGAUUGCCAAUGGUAACCUCAUUGAGGGCAGUGGCGGCAGCCCAUCGGUAACCGCCAAUUCAACACUCAGCACGAACACCCAAAUCGAGAACUACAUCAGCAAGGCCUUCUUCGGCUUCGCCAUCCCAUCGGUAUGGGCCGUCUCCGGGGCCGCUGCCUUCGUCGUCGACUCGGGCUAUGACUGCAGUGCGCAAAACCCAUUGACUGAUUACAUGACGGCCUCCACCCAAGAGUCCACUUAUGCAUGCUACAAUAACAAAUUGUACUAUCUCGUUCAUCCCCACGGCAAGUGGAGAGGUUGUCCCGACAAGGAUACUGUGAGGACCGAUUGCGUUGAUUGUGGCCCGACAUCAACGUGCUCCGACCAGACAUUCUUCACCGCGCCACCAGGACUUAGCUCCCUCGGCUCAGGAUCUUGGGGGAACAUCACCCUGUCUGAUCUGAUUAUCGGGUCUGUCCGAACUUAUGUCGCCAACGGCAAUGCCAACGGCGGACCCGUCGCCAACCCCUUGGACAAAGACACCCUGAAAGACCUCUCGAACCAGGAUAUCACCACCCCGGGCUAUAUCCGCCUCCCAGUGUGUAGUCCCCAGGUUGCCUGGGCCUCGUGGUCCACCCCAUCGCAGUCCAACUCUAGCGCGCCGAAUUACCCCUGUAACCCGUUACAGGGCGUCACCAAGUGCAGCGGUUACACUUACCAGGAUGAGACCUCGUCGGCCUCCCCGAAGGUGUCCGACUGCCAAACCAUCGUGAAGAAUAUUCAGGACACCAACGGAGAAUGGACUACUGGUAUCGGACACCAACGCGACAUUGCUAAGUUCGGGUCUUGCAAUUUUGGUGUCCAGAAUGUUGGCGUAACCGGCGAUGUCACUUAUCAUACUGGCAGCCAGGAUAUUGUUACCAUUAUCAACGAGGCAAUCUCCAAGUAUGCAUCUAAUGGUCUUGUCGGUGCGAAGGGGUACAUGGAGUGCAGUGGUGAUGCAGGUAGUCAAAAGGUCGAGUGGGGUCUGUAUUAGUAGUUAGUUGCUCUGACAGUUGUUGGAUAUAUAUAGGCUCCUUUCUGUGAGCGCAGAAAGUGUGUACUUGUAAUAC